CAGCCAGGUGAUAAACACCGAGCUCCUCAGACUCUUCCUCUGCAGUCCAACUCCAAACACACCAGCGUCAGGGGACAGCAGUCCAAUUAAUUAAAGUGCUUAAGCGAUUAGCAUGGCGCCCAUAAUGGAGGACAGGCAUACUGUCCUGCAACUCUACGAGCCCGUCCGCGAGCUAUGCAGUAUCAGCCUCUAUCUCCCCAAGGGGAGGGCCCCAGUGUUUAGAUACAAGAGCCACGCCCCUCUGUGGGCCCAGCCCAGUAAUGACCAAGACCAGGGAGAGGUGGAUCCCACAGCAUUCAAACAAAGAGGCCAGUCUUAUGAGUCCGCAGCCGAACUCCUCAACUCCUACCAGGCAACAAAGGAAGCUGUUGCUGAGCUCUGCUGGCUGGCCACGGAGCACCACCAGUUGCUGACUGAUCUCUUAUCUCUGUGCGGAGACUGCGCCAACAAAGUCAGGAUGGGUAAUCAGGAUGGGAAGCUCCAGGGUCACAGAGAGGGUUGUGGGAGCUUCUCAGGACAGGUCCUCAGCAGUAAUGCUCAACAUGCUCUCUCCAUGUCCCCGGAGCACAAGAGAGCCUCCUCACGGGGCAGAAAGCUGAAGAAGCUGGGUGUGAAGAAGUUAGACAGUGCAGAAGAGUUCCUGCAUAGCAAGAUGAAGAAGAAAGUAGGGCUAGGGAGCACUGCAGUUGAGUCUUUAUCUGUCCAGUCCUCGGCUCAGACCCGGAAUCAAUCCAACCUUGUCCCAGUGGUGGAGGAGCAGAGAGUUCCUGGGACCCUAGCACCUCUCCGAGCUCCAGACACGCCAAUGUCAGGCUCCUAUGUCAGUGUGGCCAGCAACCCCAUCCUCCCUGUGGAGGAGCACUUCCAUAUUGCCAGGGAGGGCUGGGACUUCAUGGAGGACGACUCUCGAGCCUCUGAGCCAAACCUGGACUGCACUGACAUGUCUGAGUAUGACAGUGAACUCUGCUUGGGCUACGAAGCUUCGUCCUGUAGUUUAUUGGAAAACGUUCAGGAUCAUAUCGAACGGGAGUAUAUGCUGAGUGGGAACAACAUUCGUCCCAUGCGGUCUGAGGACAAGUCAGCCCACCAGCUCUAUGAUGAGAUCAACAGGAGGGACACAGGGGUUAGGGUGGUGGCCAAGGUGCAGGAGGUUGAGGGCACAGUUCAACGUGCUAGCYAUAUGAGCCCAAACAGGUCCAAAGAGUUCUAUCCAGAGGCUGAAUCAGUUGCACCUCAGCCGUGGACCAGCAGCUGUCAGCAGGAGUUUGGGGAAUGUCUAAACGGGGACAUUAGGGAUACGGUAGGGACCAAACCUGCAGAGGGGCUAAGGCUGCCUCUCUCACACCCUACUGAGGCCUCCUCUACCAAAUCCCACAGUAAGAGUCCCUGUUCACCCUCUCUGUGUGGGGUGUUCAACACCUCMUACCCUGCCACCAACAGUCUGCAGAGCAUGUCCCCAGUGCUAUCCCCUCUAUUGACCAAGCUCCCCAGCCCCCAGCUCAACCACCGCAUCCUGCUCCUUUCUGACGAGGACGUUUGCCAGGGGACGGACAGUGACAGCCCCCGGACUGGAUCCAAAGAGGCGCCCAAAGUCACCACGGAGGUCAUAGAUAAGAAUGGCAACAAGCGGACCAUCACACGGCUGGACCUGAACCUCAGCAGACUACCAGCGACUUCCAAAUGGAAUUCCACCAGCCUCUCCACGGCAACAGAGGAGGCUGACAUCUGGAUGCUGGACGGUGAUGAUGCUAUUUCCCAGACCCAGAACUCCCUGAACCCCGCCUCCCGUCCUGACCACCUGGACAUCCUCAGGAUCACGCCCCCAGAAGAUGACAUCAUUGGAGAUACCCCCUACUACCCUGGACUGGAGUGCACGUCUGAGGUCACCUCCCCUGCAGACAGUGAGGACCGGACCCCUGGGCGGCUCCAAGCCAUCUGGCCCCCGCCCAAGCCCAAGGAUGAGGAGGAGAAGGUGGGGCUGAGGUACACCGAGGCAGAGCACCAGGCUGCCCUCUUGCAGCUGAAGAGAGAAUGCAAAGAGGAGUUGGAGAAAUUACAUACGGACUUUGAGCUCCAGAUCUUYCAGGUGCRUGGGGAGCAUGCUGUGUCAGUGUCCCGGCUGSAGGGAGUCAUCAACAAGAUGCAUACAGACCGUUACCAGGCCUUUAACCAGGGGCUUGAGAGGGGCAAGCUCCGCGAGACCUGUGUGUCCACUGAGGACGACCUGCCCCCCAAAACGUUCCGUAACGUCUGCAUCCAGACAGACAGGGAGACCUUCCUCAGGACCCCCGAGGGUGAGGCCAGCCGGUCCGGUCUCAGCCCCAGCCAGAACGUGCCUAAGAAACUCAACCUGGACUCCAUCAACCUGAGUCUGCAUGGAGGACUGCCUGGUCCACCUCCUCCUCUUCCUCCUCCUCCUCCCCCUCCUCCCCUCCCUGGCCAAAUAGGACUGCUUCCACCUCCUCCUCCCCCGUUACCUGGCAACAUGGGGCCACCGCCUCCACCCCCCCUCCCAGGUUUUGGUCCCCCACCUCCCCCUCCCCUUGGGUUACCUGGAGCUGGCCCUCCUCCUCCCCCUCCUCCUGGGUGUGGCCCACCCCCUCCUCCUGGGGGAGGAUUUGGGUUUGGGUUCGGCCAGGCAGCAGAGAAGGCCCCAAGGAAGCCUGCGUUGGAACCUGCCACUCCCAUGAAGCCUCUAUACUGGACCAGGAUACAGAUCCAGGACAAUAAUAAUAAUACACUGUGGGGUUCUCUGGAGGAGCCAGAUAUCGUAGACACCAAGGAGUUUGAGGACCUGUUCUCCAAGGCCACUCUGCAGCCAAAGAAGAAGCCCCUUUCAGACACCUAUGAGAAGAAGGCCAAGACUAAGAAGAUUAUCAAGCUGCUGGAUGGGAAACGUUCCCAAGCAGUGGGCAUCCUCAUCUCAAGUCUGCACCUGGAAAUGAAGGACAUUCAGCAAGCUGUUUUGACUGUGGAUAACUCUGUGGUGGACUUGGAGACCAUCGAGGCUUUAUAUGAAAAUAGGGCCACUAGUGACGAGCUGGAGAAGAUCAAAAAACACUAUGAAACAUCCAAGGAGGAUGAGGUGAAGCUACUGGACAAGCCUGAACAGUUCUUGUAUGAACUCUCCCAGAUUCCAGACUUCUCUGGCCGGUCCCACUGCAUCAUAUUCCAGUCUAUCUUCCUCGACUCCAUGUCCUCCAUCCACCGCAAAGUAGAAAUAGUCUCCACCGUGAGCAAAGAUCUGCUAGACUGUAGCAGUGUGAAGGAUGUGAUGGGGCUGGUCCUAGCCUUUGGGAACUACAUGAACGGAGGCAACAGGACGCGAGGUCAAGCUGAUGGCUUUGGUCUGGAGAUCCUGCCCAAACUGAAGGACGUCAAGAGCAGGGACAAUCGUAUCAGUCUGGUGGAUUAUGUGGUUGCAUACUAUCUGCGCAAUUUCGACGAGYACGCAGGAACAGACAAGAGUGCAUUCCCACUUCCUGAACCACAGGAUUUCUUCCUGGCCGCUCAGGUCAAGUUUGAAGACCUCACAAAGGACAUGAGGAAGCUGAAGAGAGACCUGACUGCGUGUGAAAAGGAUGUGCAGAAGGUGUGUGCUAACUCCUCCGAGGAGAACCUCCAGCCCUUCAAGGAGAAAAUGGAGGCCUUCGUCUCGACCGUUCAAAAGGACCACAGUGCUGAGGACGACCGGCUCAAAGCUGCACAGAAAAGCUUCCUGGACAUGGUGAGCUACUUUGGGCUCAAGCCAAAGUCUGGGGAGAAGGAGGUGGCYCCCGGUUACGUCUUCAUGCUCUGGUACGAGUUCUGCAGCGACUUUAAGAACACUUGGAAGCGGGAGAGUAAGAACAUCUCCAAGGAGAGGCUGAAGGAAGCACAGGAGAACAUCAAAAAGAUCACAGCUGAGAAGAGGGUGGAAACSAAGAAGRUCAAUGCCAACAGUCUGAAAGAGAGACUGCGUCAGAAAGAAGCCAGCGUGUCCUCCAGCUGAAGAGGAUGAUCAAUGAAGAACAGAGUGGAGAGAGAGGAAGUGGAGAGAGAGGAAGUGGAGAGAGAGGAAGUGGAGAGAGGAGAUGAUCACUUCUUCCCUUCACCACCUGCCUCUUACCCAACAUCAUACCUCACAUAGCCCUCCGUGCCCCCACACUGUGGACCUCUCUACUACGGCCCAUUCUACCGUCCUUACUGACUGGACCAUAUCCACUACUCUCUUCCAACUCAGCCUCUUCCCCAGAUGAGAGGCACCUUUUGUGGGCUUCUAUCACUGUGUAUCCCUAGGACCACCAUCCAGACCAACAUGUACACCAUGGGAAAGAGGAAACUGAAUGCCACCCUGCAGCAGAUAUGCAGGCUGCUAAGUCUACACAGAGGCUGACUAAACCACUGACAUGAUGAGACUCACAGGGGAUAAAGGUCAACCUCAUUCAUCCAGACUGGUGUGACUAUUGAAUGGCCAGCCUGUAGAGCCUGCUCUGAGGCAUGCUGGGGUUCAGGACAAUGAGCACUCCAGCUGACAUAUCUACAUUGAUGACCACUGACCUCUAGGCUUCCUAGGCCUGCUGGAGCUGAGGACCUGCAUACAUUCCUCACUCUGGGUUUCAGGACAGCAUCACACAUCGUGAGGACAUAUAGUCCUAUGUACUGUAGCCAGGUUAUGCAACAACUACAGACGAGGCCUCAUUGUUGCUGAKCUAUGUUAACAAAUAUGGCGAUCUUCACUCAGUGAAAUUAUUACGAUUAUGUAAGACAUUCAGGAGUUGUUAUUCUAACAAUGAUUUAGAAUAUGAAAGCAGUAUACAAUACUUUAAUGUAAAGAAUAGCUUUUCAUCUGCUGUGGCCCAUCCAUGUUUGAAGUGUGUCUUGUAAAUGUAUUUCAAUUGGUGUUUGUUUUCAAAUGAGCAGGGACAGAAACGUUUGACCUGAUGUUGUCUUAUGAAGAGAAUCGGUAGUCUUUAUUGGACKGAGWGUCCUGUUGAAUUCAUAGCGAUGUGGGUCCUGGUCAAAUGGUAGAAACAGGAUGUCGUACCAGUGUUGACUUUCUCACUGUACCAGACUGACCCCUUCUGGGUGAUAGCCAGAGAAUGCAGCAACGCCUUGCUCUCAACCACUGAGUCAGACGUCACGCUCUGAGAUGAACAAGCAACCUUGCUAUACGCUAUGCUGAGGAAAGCAACAGGUCAUCUGAUUGUGGCUGCCCUGACACAUUUUUGAAGUGUAUAUGAUAGAAUAGUUAGUUGUUCCCAAUUAAUUUUGUUUAUGACAUAUGUAUGUCACAAUCCUAUGCACUUUCCUGCUUGCAUCAGCUGUAUUUAGUAGCUACAUCCUUCUGUUAUUGUCAGAAUGGUACUUAAUCAAAUGUACUGAACUUUCUAGCACUUCAACUUGAACUCCUAUGCAAUUCUAUGGUUUCCGUGCUAUGAUAACAUUUGUGAAUUAACAMGUUGUGAUAAAUUGCAUCAUCCAUGUAUUUUUUGGAGAGAACUAUAGUAUAUUUAUUUAACAACAAAAAAUGUCUUUGAACUCUGGAAGAUUUCAACUUUGUCUUGGAAAAUUAUAGACAGGGGUUUAACCUUUAUUUAUAUAUUAAAAUGAAAAAUGUAUGCCAAAACAUUAUUUUUUUCUUUGCGGUUGUAUUUUUGUAUAUUAUUUUGAUUCCUGCCUUAGCUUGAGGAGGAUGCAUGAAUGGCUCAGUAGUCAGGUGAAAGAAGUGUUUAGUUUCAUAUGGAUGUGACCUACWGGGCCUUCGGAAAGUAUUCAGACCCCUUGACCUUGACCUUUUCCUUUUUUUUUCUUUAAGUUACAG